AUGUUAUUAAAAGAUUUAAAUUGGCUGGAUCCUAAAACAUUUGCUUUUAUUAAUGAACUUGAACAAUUUCCCAAGGACUCGUUGAACACAAUAUGUAAACUAGCAGAUUUAGACAAAGAGAUCAUUGCAAUUGAGCUAAAACAGUUUGCUUGUCAGUAUAGUAAUUUCAUACCAGAUGUAUCUGAAAAUGAUUUUCACGAUAUUAAAUCUAAAUCUUCUAAAAUUAUAUAUAUUGAUGAAGAUGAAGAUAUUGAAGUUAAACCCACCGAACAAAUUAAAUGUGACAAAUGCACUAAAUGUCUUCACUGUGCAUUGAUUUUGCUCCAAGAGCUGUCAUGUCAAUCUAAUUUAUUUUGUAAUUUGUUCACAUUAUAUAAAUUUGUGUUGCUAUUACCAUCAACACAGACUACCUGUGAAAGAGUAUUUUCAAAACUGAAAAUAAUCAAAACUAAACUUCGGUCUUCUUUACACCAAGAACAUCUUAAUCCAUUAAUGCUAAUGUCCAUUGAAAAGGAUAUUUUGAUUGACUCAGAUGAGUUGAUUGAUACGAUUGCUAACUCAUCUAGUGAACUAAAAAAAUUACUGAUAUAA